CACGAGAGAGAGAUAACUAGGUCGACCCAACCAAAUCUCCAUUUCCAAUCUUUGUUUAAGCCAUAUUUAUUAUAUAUUCCAAGUUUCAGGCUUUCUGCUAGAAUUGUCUUAAUACUUUCUCUCCCCUUUUUUUCCCACACGAAAGCACAAGUACUUUUUUGCUUCAGCCAUAGUGGGUCGGGUCUUGCUUAGUUUCGAAAAUGAGGAGGAACCCAGAUGAGGAUACUGACAAUAACUCAAUCAAACACAUGCCACUUCUUAAGGUCAUAGAUUCUUCUCUUAGAAUCACUGUGAUUCCUCUCAGUAUUGUAACGAUAUGGUUAACCAUGACUGACCACCAAGAUAACACUCUCUAUGGGAAGCUUAAGUUCACCAAUCUCACAGGUCUCAAGUACAUGAUUUGUAUCAGCUUCGUUUCAGUAGUGUAUGCUGUUGUUGCUGUUGUGUCCUUAUGGAUCAGAUGCUUUGCUACGAAAGCUUGGUUAUUCUUUGUCUCUGACCAGAUUGCAGCAUACCUAAUGGUAACAUCCGGGGCUGCAGUUAUGGAAAUAGUAUAUCUAUCUUACUAUGGUGAUAAAGAAGUGUCAUGGAGUGAGGCCUGUAAUUCAUAUGGCAGAUUUUGCUAUAGAAUAAAGUUGGCCUUGGUUUUACAUGCCUUGGCUCUUUGCUGCUUCCUUGUUUUAGCUCUCAUUUCCGCUUACAGGGCUUUUAGCACGUUCGAGCCUCCUUCUCUUCCUAGUAAGGAGGUUGAGGCACAAAGAUCUUGAAUGCUUUUGAAGGAAUUCUCUUUAUCACUAACUGGUAGGUUCUUGUAUUUUAUUAUCUCUUUUUUUUAGGGAAAAAAAUGGGGAAGGGUGAAUGUGAAUUGUGAAGGUGCAUUUAAGAUGCAAAACCCAAUGAGUUAAAUGACUUGCUUGCUUCCUUUAAAAAAAUGGCUUGCUUGCUUUGCAUUGUAUUAUAUUUAUUGAGCCAUAUAAAUAUUAAAUAUAGACUGUCUAAUUUAA